CCACUGCAUCUCAAAGGGGGAGCGGCUCAGCCGGCCGGACCACCUAGCCUGCGCGGCGAGAAGAGCGCUCGGCCCCUGGGUGCGCCCUGGCCGUUGGAGUCCUUCAUGGCCCAACUGCUGAACUCCUGCCAGAACAGGCCGGCACUCCUGCUGCCGUUUCUGAUGCUCCUGCUGCCAGAGACAUCGGCCCAGGUCUACCCUGACUACCAGUACUUCGGCCAGCAAGGUGAAGGUGACACCUGGGAGCUGCUGCGGCUUCAACAUCAAAAGGUUGAGGAGAACUCUGUACUUGGCCCGUGGGGAAAGUGGCAUUGUCUCUGCGACCUAGGCAAACAGGAGCGCAGCCGAAAGGUGCAGGGCACAGCGCCAGGCCCAGUGUUCAUGGACCGUGACAACCUGGUGCAGAGGAAGCCCUGCCGGCAGCGGGACUGUGCGUCUUGCCGGCCGAUGGACUGUGACUGGAGGCCCUGAGCCCGCCUCUCCAGGGGGAGCCCAGGAGGCCCCAGGGUGGAACUUGCAAAGCGACUCCGCCCACAGUGUACCGCAACCCACACCCUGGAGGGGGAACCUUUGUGAACUACAAUUCCCAGAAGACCAUAGGGCAGCGUCAACCUCAUCUAUUGCGCCCCAUGGUCUACGCCAUCUGUUAUUGCCCCCAGUCCCGCCUGGCAGAUCUGGAGGCCCUGAAAGUGGCGGACUCAAAGACCCUGUCAGAAAGUGAGCGGGAGAGGCUGUUUGCGAAAAUGGAGGAAGACCGGGACUUUGUGGGCUGGGCCCUAGAUGUGCUGUCUCCAAACCUCAUCUCCACCAGCAUGCUUGGGCGGGUCAAAUACAACCUGAACUCCCUGUCCCAUGACACAGCCACAGGGCUGAUCCAGUAUGCAUUGGACCAGGGUGUGAAGGUUACCCAGGUAUUUGUGGACACUGUGGGGCUGCCAGAGAUAUACCAGAAGCGGCUGCAGCAUCGCUUUCCUGAGAUCACGGUGACGGUCAAAGCCAAAGCAGACGCCCUCUACCCUGUGGUCAGUGCCGCCAGCAUCUGUGCCAAGGUGGCUCGAGACCAGGCUGUGAAGAGCUGGCAGUUUGUGGAGAAACUGCAGGACCUGGAUGCUGACUACGGUUCAGGCUACCCCAAUGACCCCAAGACCAAAGCCUGGCUGAGGAAGCACGUGGAGCCCGUGUUCGGCUUCCCACAGCUUGUCCGGUUCAGCUGGCGUACAGCCCAGGCCAUCCUGGAGAAGGAGGCGGAAGGUGUCACAUGGGAGGACUCGGCGGCUGAGGAGCAGGAGGGACACAGGAGGAUCACGUCCUACUUCCGAAGCGAAGGCCCCCGAGCCCGUGCCCCACACCGGUACUUCCAGGAGCGUGGCCUGGAGUCAGCCACUGCACUCUAGGAGCCAGCUCGCCACCCUCUGCCGGUCUGCACUGCCUCUGGGAUUAAAGUUGUUUGAGGACAAGCAAGUCUAGGGGACUCCUUGUGGCAAGGGCAGCAUGGGAGGGUGCUCACGGACUGCCUUUUGGAACCUAAACAGAAUGGGCAUUAUGUGACUACCGUUUGAUUUUCGGAGCGGGAUGGUUGUUGAGACCAAGGGUCACUGUGUAGUUCAGGGUGGCCUUGAACUCAGGCGCAUCGUCCUGCCUCAGCCUCCGGGUGCUAGGGUGACAGGUGUGCACCACCAAUCCCAGUGUAGUUGAUAAGCCUUUGUUAUCCACUGUUCCUUCCCACUCCUGGCUCCGGCGUCUGAUUCUGCUUUAGGGAAGCCACCUCUCCCCCAUCCUCAGCUCCCUGUGAGCCCUUAGGCACCAUUGUAACCCAGAUCAGAUCAGCCAGGGCACAGCGUCCCCUGGGCAAUGAGCUAAUGAAACUGGAUCGAUGUCAGCCAGCACCGGAAAGUGGUCAGUGCUUCUCCUAACCAGGCUGUGUCAUGACCCCUGAACCAUGGAGUCACUGGCCCGUGUUUGCUAUUAUGAGGAGUUCCUGUCCAAAGUAUAGUAAGAGAAGGUACAGAGACAGCGUGUGUGUCUAUGGUACUGGUGAUUGAACCCGGGCCUUCUCACUGAGGUAC